AUGGCGUCGCUGCGGCCGCUCGACCCCUCGCUCGCCGUGGCGGCCUCCGCGAGGCCGCGCCGCGGGCUCGCCGCGCCGGUCCCCUUAGGCGGGGCCGCGGGCGCGUCCUCCGUGCGGCGCCGCAGCGGGGUGGCUGCCCCGGGGAGGCGCGGCUUCUCGUGCCGCGCUGGAUCCCCCGCGUCGGCUGCCGAGAGAACAAAGGAGAAAAAAGGAAUAAAACCUGUGCAACUCCGGGUUUGUCUAGAUCACCAGGUUAAGUUUGGUGAGCAUGUUGGCAUUAUUGGUUCGACAAAAGAGGUUGGCUCAUGGAAGAGUCAGGUUGAGAUGGAGUGGACACCAGAUGGCUGGGUCUGUCAGCUUGACCUCCCUGGGGAAACACUUCUGGAGUUCAAGUUUGUGAUAUUUUUGAAGGAAGGGAAGGAAAAAAUAUGGGAGGAUGGUGACAACCGUGCUGUGGAUCUGCCAAAAGAUGGUGCAUUUGAUAUAAUUUGUCACUGGAAUAGGACUAAAGAGCCUUUGGAUCUUUUAGGAACGCCAGAGGUUAAAUUGUCUGGAGGAGCUGAUAAGGUUAUAGGCAAAGAUGCUUCAGUAUCUGGAAAUAUUGCUCUAGAAGAGAUAGGAAAUAUUUCAGUGGCUGGGGAUGGCUAUCUAACACCAGAACUUGAGUCGAGCAAACUUGGUGGUCUAUGGCAAGGUACUGAUACAGUCUUCAUGCGGUCAAAUGAGCAUGGAAAUAAGGAGAGUGAAAGGAAGUGGGACACGACUGGGCUUGGCGCAGUACCACUAAAAUUAGUGGAGGGUGAUAAAGUGUCAAGGAAUUGGUGGCGGAAGUUGGAGCUUGUUCGUGGGCUUGUGUCCGAAUCUGUUGAUGAUCAGAGUCGUUUGGAGGCACUUACAUACUCUGCUGUUUACCUAAAGUGGAUUUAUACAGGUCAGAUACCAUGCUUUGAAGAUGGUGGUCACCAUCGACCCAAUAAACAUGCCGAAAUAUCCAGGGAAAUCUUUCGUGUAAUUGAAAGGAUAUACUAUGGGAAAAACACAUCAGCUCAGGAUUUGCUUGUGAUACGCAAGAUUCAUCCUUGUUUACCUUCAUUUAAGUCAGAAUUUACUGCCUCUGUCCCUCUAACACGAAUUCGUGAUAUUGCUCAUCGAAAUGACAUCCCACAUGAGCUCAAGCAAGAAAUCAAGCAUACUAUACAAAACAAGCUCCACCGUAACGCUGGCCCUGAGGAUCUUAUUGCUACCGAAGCCAUGCUUGCUAGGAUUACUAAGACUCCUGGAGAAUACAGUGAAGCUUUUGUCGAACAAUUCAAGAUAUUUUAUAGCGAACUAAAAGAUUUCUUUAAUGCUGGCAGCCUACUGGAGCAAGUGCAGUCCAUCAAGGAAUCUUUGAGCGAGUCUGCUUUGGAAGCUCUCGCAUCCUUUGUGAAAACUAAAAAAAAUUUGGACCAACGGGAAGAUGCAAAAGAUUUGGAUAAAAAUGGUGGCAUUCAUGUUUUGCUCAAGACCUUGCAAUCAUUAUCUUCUCUAAGGUCAUUUCUAAUGAAGGGUCUUGAAAGUGGUCUUAGAAACGAUGCACCAGAUGCUGCUAUCGCAAUGCGACAAAAGUGGCGUCUUUGUGAGAUUGGGCUUGAGGAUUAUUCAUUUGUAUUGUUAAGCAGAUACAUCAAUGCUCUUGAAGCCUUAGGUGGACCAGCUUCACUUGCACAGGGUCUGGAUAGAGAUAGAAAUACAAGUAUAUGGGGCGACGCCCUUGAGGCCCUUGCCAUUGGCAUCAAUCAAGUUAGCUUUUCAGGUUGGAAACCAGAGGAGUGUAUUGCUAUAGGCAAUGAGCUUCUUUCUUGGAAGCAGAAAGGUCUAUCUGAAACUGAAGGCAGUGAGGAUGGAAAGUAUAUUUGGGCACUAAGACUCAAAGCUACUCUUGAUAGAACAAGAAGACUAACAGAAGAAUACUCUGAAGCACUUCUUUCUAUAUUCCCUGAAAAAGUUGAGGUUCUUGGGAAAGCCCUCGGAAUACCAGAGAACAGUGUAAGAACAUACACUGAGGCUGAAAUUCGUGCUGGUAUUAUUUUUCAGGUCUCCAAACUUUGUACUGUGCUUUUGAAAGCUACUCGAGCAGUACUUGGAUCAUCCGUUUGGGAUGUUCUUGUUCCUGGAGUGGCCCAUGGAGCUCUGAUACAGGUUGAAAGAAUAGUUCCUGGAUCAUUGCCAUCGUCCAUCAAAGAUCCUGUCGUGCUAGUUGUAAAUAAAGCUGAUGGAGAUGAAGAGGUCAAAGCUGCUGGGAAUAACAUAGUGGGUGUUAUUCUUCUACAAGAAUUACCUCACCUAUCACAUCUUGGUGUUAGGGCUCGUCAAGAGAAAGUUGUAUUCGUAACUUGUGAAGACGAUGACACAAUUGCAAACGUGAGGUUACUUGAGGGAAAACAUGUCAGGUUGGGAGCAUCAUCCACUAGUGUUGAUCUAUCAGUAGUUUCAAAUGAAGAUGGGAGUGCUGCCAUAUCUUCAGACACAUCCAGUGGAGGAAAUUUAUUUGCGCGAGAGUUACCAGAAGAAUUCUCCCCACCACUGGCUAUAGACAUGUCGUUAGAUGUGUUUAAGCCAAAGAGUUAUACUUCAGGUGUGAAUGUUAUGUCUGGUGUGCUCGAGCUUUCAGAGGCAUCAAUUGAAUCAUCUGGUGCAAAAGCUGCUGCAUGUGGAACUCUUUCAGUUCUGGCCUCACUGUCAAAUAAAGUUUACAAUGAUCAAGGAAUUCCAGCCGCAUUCAGAGUUCCUGCAGGUGCUGUGAUUCCAUUUGGAUCUAUGGAGGAUUCUCUCAAGAAAAGUGGAUCACUGGAAUCCUACACAAAGCUUCUAGAGAGGAUCGAAGCCGCUCAAAUUGAAAAUGGUGAACUUGAUAGCCUAUCCUCAGAGCUUCAAGCAAUGGUUUCCCUUCUUUCUCCAUCCGAAGAAAUCAUUGAAUCUUUGAAAAAUACAUUCGAUCAGAAUGUUCGACUUAUUGUCAGAUCUACUGCUAAUGUGGAGGAUUUGGCUGGUAUGUCAGCCGCUGGGCUAUAUGAAUCAAUUCCUAAUGUCAGCCUUUCUGACCCAAGUUCCUUUGGAGGUGCGGUUGGACAGGUUUGGGCAUCAUUAUACACAAGGAGAGCAGUCCUUAGCCGCCGAGCGGCUGGUGUCCCUCAGAAAGAUGCCAAGAUGGCCAUUCUUGUUCAAGAAAUGUUGCAGCCAGAUCUCUCCUUUGUGCUUCACACUGUUAGCCCAUCCGAUCAUGAUCCCAAGUUGGUUGAGGCUGAGGUUGCCCCUGGACUGGGAGAAACCCUUGCUUCUGGAACCCGUGGCACCCCUUGGAGACUCUCGUGUGACAAAUUUGAUGGCAGAGUCACCACUCUAGCUUUUGCAAAUUUCAGCGAGGAGAUGGUGGUGCUCACCUCUGGUCCUGCUGAUGGAGAAGUGGUUCGUCUUACGGUAGAUUACAGCAAGAAGCCAUUAUCUGUUGAUGCAACCUUUAGGGGGCAGUUUGGCCAGCGACUCGCUGCUAUUGGGCAGUAUCUGGAGCAGAAGUUCGGGAGUGCCCAAGAUGUGGAAGGCUGCCUGGUUGGCAAAGAUAUCUUUAUAGUGCAGAGCAGGCCACAGCCAUAGUAAAUAAAGUUUUGCUAAGAUGAGUGUGAUUACUUGAUUUGGUGAAUAAAAAUGGAUGCAUGGCUGGAGAUAUUUAUGGGUUCUGUAGCACACAUAGCAGUUAUUCAAGUCCUUGUAAACACCUUGCCUGAAGUAAAAUAAUGAGUUGGGCCAGGUCCAGCCAUUCUCUUGGAUCAAUUUUUGCGAGCAGCAAACUUGAGUAAUGUAACGACUUAUAGUGACCUCGUUUGGAUGUAAAUAAUCAGAAUCUACGGGACAUGUAAUGUAAUAUCUAGCUGAGAAUAUAUCCAUCAUUAUCGUAGGCGCUUGCAGCGAGCACCCGUAGAAAAAGUACUUCAAUCCA